UUUAAUCAGAUCACAUCACAUGAUAAAACACGGAAAAGAAAACAGGAAAUCGUGCUGGGCAACAGCGGUUUACAGAUUUGAUUGUGUGUGUGCUGUAGGCGCGUACACUAUGGGUUCAGCAGUGGAAAGGACAGACGAUAUGGUAAAGGAGUAUUUGAUACACCGUGGCUUCACCUCAACCCUCAAGCAUCUUGAUGCUGAAAUCAAAGCGGAUAAGGAGAAAGGAUUCCGCGUGGAUAAAAUCAUUGACCAGCUUCAGCAGUUUAUCCAGGCUUAUGACCUGCCAGCACUGAAAGAUUACUGGGGUUACCUCGAUCGGCGUCUUUUUUGUCGAUUAGAAGACAUCUACCGACCAACUAUCAACAAGCUCAGAACCAGUCUUUUCCGUUACUAUCUUGUUUACACGGUGCAGACAAACCGUAUGGAGAAAACCCAGGAAUUCUUUCAGAAGCAAGCACUUGAGCUGCAGGGCCAGACCGAAUGGCGUGACUGGUUUAUAUUGCCGUUUGUUCCCGUUCCGGAUCAGAACCCUGUGUUCUCACCCUAUUUUUUACGUCAAUGGGCAGACACCUUUCUAGUUUCACUGCACAACUUUCUCAGUGUGGUCUUUCAGUAUAUGCCCCAGCCAGUACUCCUCAACUUUGAUUCUGACGUACAGAAAAGCAUCAGUCUGCAAGAGGAGAAUGAGCAGCUGAGACAUUUGCUGUUUUCACUACAGGUGGACCCACGUCUGAAGAAGGGUGUGGAGGUUAUAGUGCAUCACAAAUUACCUCCUUAUGUGCAAAAUAUGGAUCGACUGGGAGACACUGAGCUGGAUCUGGUAUCCAGCCAGCGGAACGUUAGCCUUGCCACACAGCCUCGGAACCUCCUCGCGACAUUCCUUCCCCAAGGAAAGCGGCCACCAACCAAGCUGCCCCAAGCAUCAGUAUCCUCCCCAACGCAGGCUUCCAUAGGCCGGAGGGAAAUCGUGGCUGGCCAGGCAUUAAAGACAAAGGAGAAUCCGCCGUUCAAGGACAUGAAGACUGUGGUCAGUGCUGGAGCCGGUGACCCGCAAAGCAGCCACUCCAGACAGCGGCGGCACCAAGACCACGAGAAAGAGCGGAAGGAGUUAUUCUCCAAGUUGCCCAGUCAGAAUGCUGAGAAAAAACUGGAGAGUUCCGAGUGUGACCCACAUCCAGAACAUGCAACUGACACAGUGGAUAUACCGAGCAGUCAUGUGCAAGUAAGUGAGGAAGGCACUGGCUUUGAGCAGCCCUUUAUUAAGCUGAGCCAAGAAGAAUACGGCGAGCAUCACUCCUCCAUCAUGCAUUGCAGGGUCGACUGUUCAGGGAGGAGAGUGGCCAGUCUUGAUGUCGAUGGUGUCGUCAAGGUGUGGUCAUUCAAUCCCAUUAUGCAGACGAAGGCCACCAUCAUGUCCAAAUCCCCCCUUCUGUCACUGGAGUGGGCCACAAAGCCGGAUAGACUGCUCCUUCUGGGUAGCGGUGUGGGGACAGUCCGCCUCUAUGACACGGAGGCCAAGAAGAGCCUCUACGAGCUCACGAUAGAUGAAGUGCACCCACGGAUCCUGUCCCUUGCCUGUAGCCCUAGUGGGACCUCCUUUGUCUGCUCUGCUGCUGCACAGCCCCCCCGUUCUGGCAGCCUGCUGGAAGCAGGAAGUCAUGCUUGUGCCACUGUUGUAGGAAAGCUGCUUCUUUGGGACACAAAGACGGUCAAGCAACAGCUUCAAUUCUCCCUUGAACCUGAUACCGUGGCAAUCAACUGUACAGCGUUCAACCAUAAUGGUAACCUACUGGUCACUGGGGCCGCUGAUGGUGUCAUUCGUCUGUUUGACAUGCAGCACUAUGAAAGCGCAAUGAGCUGGAAGGCACAUGAUGGCGAGGUGUACAGUGUGGAGUUCAGUUAUGACGAGAACACCGUCUUCAGCAUUGGAGAGGAUGGAAAGUUUAUCCAGUGGAACAUCCACCGCUCUGGGGUGAAGCAGUCGGAGUACUCUCUGCCCCAGGACGCCACGGGGCCCUUCGUGCUCUCAGGGUACAGCGGCUAUCGGCAGGUACAGGUACCUCAUGGUCGUCUCUUUGCCUUCGACUCGGAAGGACAGCAUGUGCUCACUUGUUCCAGUACUGGAGGCCUUAUAUACAAGCUUAAUGCAGGUGAGAGUGGCUUGGAAAGUGUCCUGCCUCUGGGGGGCCAUAAAGCGCCGGUGGUUACGGUGGACUGGUGCUCCGCUGUGGAUUGUGGCACCUGCUUCACGGCCUCCAUGGAUGGCAAGAUCAAACUGAGCACACUUCUGGCCCAGAAGAGUUAAAUCAAAGUAUUCAGAAGGCCAUUAGUGGCGCAGAGGAGUUCAGCCGUUGUGGGAACACGACAUUAAUGCAAACACGAGUCACGUGGUUUUGGUCAUUGCUAAAACUGUUGUUGGUACGUCGUCUUAAACUCUUCAGUGUUUUUGUUUCUUUUCUUUUUUUCCCCCCUAAAUUCAGUUUGAAAUUGCUGAUAUUGCCAUUUAUUUUAUCAUAACCCCAAGGAUCAGAAGAAUGGCAGGAAGCCCUGCUUCAGUUAUCUUCAUAUCCCAUUUGUUUCUUAUAAAUACUUUAAAAUGCAGUAGAUUAUAUGAUUGAGAAACAAAGAAACGCAUAUAAGGACCUGCAAUAUAAAAGGGCACUUGGAAAGUGCUUAAAAUGAGGAAUGUGGUAAAUGCGAAUCGUCUAGCCACCAUAGUACCCAGAAAACACUGUCUGAUAUACUAAUGCCCAUUUAAUCAUGCUAAUCUCUUCUGCACGACUGGGAGGCAGAUAUGGUGUAAUGCAAUGUUUCGUUAGUUGAAUGUGUUAAAAUUUUCAGUAAAAUGAAAAUGUUGUUACAUGGUGAAUUUCUGAACCUUGAUACUACAACAUUGUACACACCAUUUCCCCAUUAUAUUUCAAGUUUGUUCUAAUUUCUAGAAUUUACACAUUUUAAAUUAAUUAUGAAGAGGAAAAAAAACACAUCUGAAUUGAGGUGUUACCAGAUGUGAAAAAUUAAUGAACAGUUGUCCCCAAAAACUGAUUUAAUUUUACUCUCAAUGCACAGAAUUUUCCUACUCUAAUAGCAGCUUGCAUAAACAAAGCAUUUAAAAACUGUAAUCGAAAUUGUAGCAUCCAGCCACACAUGCCGUCCAAACCCUAUUUUUGUUUGUUAAAUAGUUUUAACUAGUCCUGUCAAUGCAAUGUUUGUCAAAAACAUACCAGAUGCACUGGAUUACAAUAAAAUUGAAUACAAUAUAA